GGAAUUCUUGCGCGUGGGGCUUCUUCUUCGUCGGUCUUUGGUUGUCCGUUGCGCUUGCGUCGUGGUCUUUGUUUUUGGGCUAAAAAUAUGUCUGACUUUCGUCCCGUGAGUACAAAGGCAGAGGGAACGCGGGCUCCCAGUUCGACAUGGGACGGAGCGGGGCCUAGGGGACUACCUAGUGGCCGUGAAGUCGUGAGCCCUUUCUUUGGUGAGCGCGGGGCCCGCCGUCCCUCGGCGUCUGUGGUCUUACGGUCUACCCUGAAGGGGCAAGCUUGUCCUCAUGACGGUGCGGGCUGACUCCUUGCCCGCCAAGUUGCAUCAUAUUCAUAGGAGUCUCCCUUUUCGGUGUAAGCCGGGCUGGGGUCGGUGGCUUGCUUGGGUCUGGUACUAAAGGCAAACAGGUGGC